AUGCGUAAUGGAACGAUUAAAAAUUUGAAACCAAACUCGGAUCAAUUGGUGCCUAAUGUUGUACACUUCUCACAAAUAGACAUAAUUGACAAGCUAUCCAGUGAUCUCGCUGCAACUUGUAAAUUACAUGCCAAAAUCACUUUGUUUGAAGCUCUGCAAUGUAACAGAGAUGAAAUUAUAAUUCGCGCGGUGAGGCAGUUACACAAAGUAGCAAAUCAUUUCAUUAAAGAAGGUAAAUUGCCUGAAUCCCCUGAUGGUUACGAUUCAACAAUAAAAUUGCCAUCAUCGCCAGAUCAAUUGGAUCAGGUGAUGGACCCUUCGUUUUUAGAUGAAAAUGUGCUAUCCCUCUUUGUCGAAGAGCCCAACUGCGUGUCCAAUUUUUCUCUUGAAGUGCUCAAAUUGCUACUGUCAAUCUCAGCCCAUUCUGCUGAAAGUUAUCUACUCAAUUAUCAACCGACGGAACAAUCAAUGAUGACUUUUACUAGUAAUUUUUAUCAUAUGAGUGCUAGGAAGUUUUGCAGCGAAAAACUAAUUAAACACUUAUCUAAGGUACUCUUCACUAUAAAUGAUGAGAAUAAUCCCAUUUGGAUAGUUUCAAUAUCAAUUCUUAAAAAUUUUGCAACUUUUGCCUCACCCCUAACUUUUCCUGAGAUUUUGAUUUCAAUUAUCGGUCAUAAAAUAUCGUCAGAGACAAUGCAGUUGUGCUACAUUCUUGUUACUGCAUCGUUGUCACCCAAUGAACAUUUAUUUAACCGCGACUCUACCUAUUUAAGUUGGAUUUCAUUCGUUAUAAAUUUCUGCAAAUUAGUACUAAAUACACUUAAAAAACCAAAGUCACUAGUUAUGGCAUGUGAUGUACUGAUGGUGAUAUGCGAGAAGACUUAUGGUAUAGAACUAGUUCUGGAUGCGUGCAUCCUGAACAAAAUCAUACAAUUGGCAAAGGCCAAUAAUGAGGUAUCUUUUACCGCCCUUUCAGUGAUAGCAAAAAUGGCUUUCACUGCUAACACCGAUCAGAUUGUGGACCUGUCUCAACACGGAGUUCCAGACGCGCUAAUGGAGAUCAUAUCAAACCCCAAGACUAAUGACGAUGCCAGGGCUCGAGCCUGCAAUGCCCUUGGUAAUUUGGGCUGUGAAACCCAGGAACAUGUAGAAAGGUUGAUCAACUUGGAUGCUUUUCCAAUCCUCAUUGCCACAUUCCAAAAUAAUUGCGACUACAAUACGAAGAUUGAGGCGGCGUAUGCAGUAUGUGCCUGUGCUUCACGCGGAAGUCAAGAUCAGGUUGGAUAUAUUAUAUCAUCUACCAUCGAUGCUAUGGGGUUAUAUGUCGAAAUGCUUAACUUGUUGGUCUAUUGCGACGCUUCUCAUCCGGGAACAGUUAAGUUAUGUAAAACAGUACUAUGUGCUCUCGAGAACAUAUUUUCCAAGGGUAUUAAAGUCUGUAAAAAGUACGGAUUGUGUGAAAACCCUUAUGUCACUCUGUUUAAGCAAGCUCAAGGGAUCCCUAGUUUAUUAAGGAUCGAAACCUUCCCAGACUACAGCAUUGCUGUUAAAUCUAGGAAAUUAGUUGAAAGGUACCUGUGA